AUGGUGAUAAAAGAAUUGGUAAUCCUGUCAUCACUUUUGGUAAUAAUCAUUAAAUGUGAGCCCAAUUACGAGCGCAUUGACUGCAAUUCAGCCACAUUUCUAUAUCCGUGUCGGUGUCUAAACGAUCCCCGAAAUGAGGCCAAAGUGGAGACAAUCAACUGCACCGGCGGUCCGUUGGAAUUGAAGCAGAUAUCACAAGAACUGAAUGAUAGACUAUUAGGUGAUCGCAAAUAUCCCAAAUCCUAUAAAAUCCAAAAGCUUGUGAUUCAAAACACACCGAUUCAACAAAUCCGGUCCAAAGUGUUUGAAAGGAUACCUUUCGUCGAAAUCAUUAUUAAAGACAAUCACGAACUCCAUUACAUCGACCGAAACGCCUUUAAUGGUAGCGCCGAUAGUCUGGAAGUGAUUAACUUAAUCGACAACAGAAAACUAGCCGAAGCCUCGCAUACGGCGGCCGAUCUCUGGAUAUUAUUGAGUAAAUUUGUAAAAUUGCGUGAAAUAAAAGUGACGGGAAAUGGUAUCACUUCUAUCCCGAGUCACGCCUUCCGUUCAGUGGACGGCCAAAGAGAUCGUCUAAAACACAUCGAUUUGAGUCAUAACCAAAUCCAUACGAUCGGCGACUUUGCUUUCGAGGCGUUAACCUCUCCAUCGCUGGACUUAAUUUUCUCGCACAACAAAAUCAGAACAAUUGGCAAAAAUGUGUUCCGAUUCCAAGAGUCGCGAGAAGUGAUUCGUAUGAUUGACUUGAGUCACAAUCAACUGUACUCCCAGUCCUUUGACGUCGAGUCGUUCAGCCGAAUGGGUCGUCCGCUCGCUAUUCUGUCCCUUAAGGACAACAAAAUGGACGCAUUGUCUGAGAAGACUUUCGGACCACUGUUUGAUCGGUCGGACAAAAACUACUUUGUGUUGGAAGUGGUGGGGAAUAACAUUCAUUGCGAUUGUCCUCUUGGAUGGACAGUACGAACCAAAUACUGUUACACCGAUAAGUCAGUUCCGGUCAGUCAUCAGAUCGUAUCCCUUAAAUGCGGUCCCAAAUCGAUAUCUCAGUACGACUUCUCCUAUUGUUCACAAAUGGAGGAGCGAUUGUCGCCGUCGUGCAGAACCAGUGGACACAACACAGCCAUCCCUUUACUACAAACUAAUCACAAAUUGUUUGCCUUCACUAUAAUGAGUGCAUUAAUUAUGUUUUCGUUUUAAUUUAUGUUAAUCAUUAAUUUUGAAAGAAAUUUUAAUUAUUUCUUUCAUUUGUGGAGAAAAAUAAAUUUCAUUAACAUAUUAUGUAAAUUAACGCCAA